UAUCUUCUCCAGUGCUAGCUGCCCCGCUCUCUCACGGAAUCUCUCACUGCCAUUUUGAGCAGAAAAUGAAAAGAGGACAACCACUGUGAGCUAAAACCACGGCCGUUGAUCCCAUGUGUUGAUCAGUAUCAUACCUCGUGGCACCUUCAGCUGGUCGACAGACGACAGAGCACAAGCAAGGCCUAGCAGAACAAUGGAAGCUUGCUUCCCUUGCUUGGGUGUGAGAAAGAGGAGAGUGCGACCGCUGCCCGAGGAAGCAACUCCGGCCGAUCCGCGCCACCGCCAUGUCGCUGCUGCCGCUCGAACCUUCUCCUUCAAGGAGCUCGCGGCGGCGACCAGGAACUUCAGAGAGGACGGCCUCGUAGCUGAUGAGGACGCGGUCCUGUACAAAGGGUACCUCAAGAGUGUCAGCCAGGUUGUUGCUUUAAAGCUGCAGCAUGUUGCUGAUGGUAGAGGGUCAUCGGAGAAAUACAACAGCGAGUUCCUUGCCCAUGCCCUGAAGCUGAGCGCGCUGCGCCACCCGAAUCUCGUCAACCUUAUUGGCUUCUGCGCCGAUGGCAAUCAUAGGAUUUUGGUUCAUGAGUAUAUGCCGUUGGGUUCUCUGGAAGAUCACCUCCACGAUCUGUCUCCAGACAAACCACCGCUAGAUUGGAGCACGAGACUGAAGAUAGCUGCCGGUGCGGCCAAAGGAUUGCAGUAUCUGCACAACAAAGGCAUGGCGUACCAAUGCAUGCGAAGUUCAGACAUCUUGCUCGAAGACGAAGAAAGCCACGGGUACCACCCAAAGCUGUCUCAGUGUGGACUAGUAGAGCUCGGCCUGCUUGGGCCUGGUGCACCCUUGCACAAACAAUACUACGGUUUUGCUUGCCCCGACACCUUCAUGACCGGGAACCUGACAGCAGCGUCGAGCCUGUAUAGCUUCGGCAUCGUGCUGCUGGAGCUGAUCACAGGGCGCAGGGCCUUCGUUGACCAGGCCGCCCCGGAAGAUCGGACCAUUGUCAGAUGGGCUCAACCAUUCUUCAAAUACAGGACGCGGCUCCGCCUGAUGGCUGACCCGACGCUGAAGGGCCGGUACCCGUUGAAGGAUUUGGAGAGGGCUCUCUCAGUUGCUUUCGUGUGCGUCAAGCAAGAUCCGGCCAUGAGACCGCCCAUCGCCGACGUUGUUACGGCUCUGGCUUUCCUCGCCAGUGAUCGAUCAAGCUGAAUCACACU